GGAAAGGGGCGCCGCCGCCCGCCGCGGCCCUUUCACCACUUCAAAACAAACCUCAUCAGCACCAGCAUUUGUCUCCGGGCGUGCUGAGCACUUCGACUCACAGUCGAGUCGUGGUUCACACCGCUCACGUACGUCCAUGUCCUCAUUCAAGAUUCUGUACUCGCGACGACGAUCCAUCGCAGGGCCAAUCUCGAACAAAGAAGUGCGCAUCCAAACCAGCCUGGCCAGUCACUCGCACCCUUCCAUAUAUAGCUUGCCUUUCACAACACCCUGCUCGGUUUCAUGUCGGACGACAAUGCGGCCCUCUUGGCGCAAAUAGCUGCCCUAUCAGGAGCCAUAGAGUCUCAUAGACAUGCACCUAGCCGGUCAUCUUUCGCCAGCAGCUCUUCGUAUGCAGGCAGAGGCUCAAGCAGAGGCAGAGGAGCGUCCAGAGGCAGGUCUGCAACGGCGCACAAGAAUCGCUCGCUCAUACUUCACUCCUCGACUCCUGAUCACACCUCAUCUGUGACUUCGACCAGUAGUCUGGUCACCACGCCUAUCGGCUUAUCUGCCACCGCACCAGCACCAGCACCAGCAUCAGCAUCAGCACCCGCAUCCACCAGCAGCUUCGCAACCACGCCGGCACCUGUCCCUGUCAGAUCGCUCGCAUCGACAUCGAAUAGCACGGCAUGGCACGCCCCAUCGUACGUCCCGCGCGGUCGAGCAACACCUCGUGGUGUCACCUCGCGAGGCAGGGGCAGAGGCGCCUCUUCAUCUGCCGCCGCCACCGCCGUUGCGCCACAACCUCGACAAGCAGACGUGCGAAGAGGAGCAAAGAUGGGGGAAGUCAUCAUUGAUGGAGUCACCUUUACCUUUGAUUCGACUGGGACAAAGUUGGUCAAGAGUGCCGGUCGAUCUGAUGUCAGCAAUCAAGCGACCCACGCACAUCUUUCAGCUUCAACCUCUCAAGCCCAGCCUUCCGCUAGCACAAGCUCCGACGGCAGCAUGCUCGAAUCGGAUCAAUCGACUCCCAUGCGAGCAAGUGUGGAUGGCCAAGGAUUUGUCAGGACCAAAGGUGGCAACCUCAUCUCUGCCGAGUAUGCCGAGCUUAAAAAGCAGAAAAGGGAAGCCAAAGCUGCCAAGAAGCAGGGAAAGGUGCGCAGACGAUUGUUGGCGCGCAUGGAAAGGCUUGGUCAGGAAGUGGCAAGCAGGGAGCAACAUCGCAAACGUCCUGCUGGCGAAGAUCCGCAAGGAUCCAAGGCGCUCAAGUCGGAACCAAGAGGUCUUUGCACCUACUACACCAAGACAGGUCAAUGCAAACGAGGUCUGUCUUGCUCUUUCGCGCACGACUCCAACAAACGAGCGUUAUGUCCUCGAGCGUUGCGGCCGGGGGGCUGCAAGCUUCCCACGGGUACCUGCUUGUUAUCGCACACUCCUUCGGAGCACCGUUCGCCGCACUGCGUCCACUACCUGCGCUCGAGGACGUGCAGGAACGGCGAGUCGUGUCCUUAUACGCAUACGCAGCAGAUCAGCGGACCCGACGCGCCCAUCUGUCAAGACUUUUCGAGUCUGGGCUGGUGCGAAAGGGGUAUACAGUGCGCAGAGAGGCAUACGUGGGAAUGCCCCGCUUUCGCCAAGCAUGGCAAGUGCGAAACAAAGGGGUGCAGAUUGUGGCAUGUGAUCAGGGCACCGAUCGUAGAGGGAGAAGCGCGCGUUGUGAACGCACUCGACGAGUUUGGAGAGAAGCGUGGGUCUCGAGAUGAUGACGACAUUUUCUUCAGGGACGAUGCGGCCGCUUUGGAUCCUCCGGCCGAAGGCGCGGACAAUGCGCGUAAAAGACGAGCGCGAGUGGAUGCGCAUGAGCUCGAACAGGAGGAGCAGGAAGCGCGCGGAUUGAGCUUCAGACCUGCGAAACGAAGAGCAAGGGAUUUUACUGCGCAGAAGGACUUUAUUGGGUUUGAUGAGGAUGAAGAGGAGGAGGAGGAGGAGAGCGAGGUGGACAGCGCGAGCGACAGCGAGAGCGAGCAAGAGGAAGAUGAGGAGGAGGAGGACGACAGUCGAGAUGCGGAUGAGCACAAAGAUGAAAAGAGGGACGCGCGCGACGAUGAGGACGAGGAUGAUGCAGAGGUAAGCAGACUUUUGGAAAACGAAUUCGCUUAUUGAGCCGCCUGCUCUCGAGAGGUGUUGUGCUCGCUCGUGUACGACGAGCACGAGAAGGCAAGAGGUGCCGCCAUUUCAAAGAGUCCACCUUUUUCCCCCGCGCGCGCGCGCUUCGUACCGACCCAUUGGCAAGGGCCAAAAAA